GAGGCUUUGAAAAGGGUCACGUUGCGCUGCAGCAGUGAAACAGGAGACUGAACUGAAUCAUCAGCAUACCUUCUAGCUGCUCUUUGACCGUUAAGAUACCAAUUAACAGCCACCAUGACUCACCAGUAUCCCGCUCUGACUGCUGAGCAGAAGAAGGAGCUACAGGACAUUGCUCAAAGGAUAGUAGCUCCAGGAAAAGGCAUCCUUGCAGCUGAUGAGUCCACCGGCAGCAUGGCGAAGCGUUUGAACCCCAUUGGUGUUGAAAACACAGAGGAAAACAGACGCCGCUACCGUCAGCUGCUCUUCACAGCUGACGAGCGCAUCGACAACUGUAUUGGAGGGGUCAUCUUCUUCCAUGAAACCCUCUACCAGAGCACAGAUGAUGGCACCCCCUUCGCCAAGCUCAUCAAAGACCGUGGCAUUGUUGUUGGCAUCAAGGUAGACAAAGGUGUUGUGCCCCUGGCUGGAACAAAUGGCGAGACCACCACUCAGGGUCUGGAUGGGCUGUCUGAGCGCUGUGCGCAGUACAAGAAGGACGGUGCAGACUUUGCUAAGUGGCGCAGUGUGUUGAAAAUCAGUGCCACCACACCAUCUAAUCUGGCCAUCAUAGAGAACGCGAAUGUACUGGCUAGAUAUGCUAGUAUCUGCCAGCAGAAUGGUAUUGUUCCUAUUGUGGAGCCUGAGAUACUCCCUGAUGGAGAGCAUGACUUGAAGCGUUGCCAGUAUGUCACUGAGAAGGUCCUGGCUGCAGUGUACAAGUCGCUGUCAGAUCACCAUGUGUACCUGGAGGGGACACUGUUGAAACCCAACAUGGUCACAGCUGGACACUCCUGCCCCACCAAGUACAGCAGUGAGGAGAUUGCCAUGGCUACUGUCACUGCGCUGCGCCGCACUGUGCCUCCUGCUGUCACAGGAGUGACCUUCCUGUCAGGUGGCCAGUCCGAAGAGGAGGCCACUGUAAACCUUAAUGCCAUUAACAACUGUAGACUCAGAAAGCCCUGGGCCCUGACCUUCUCCUAUGGCCGCGCCCUGCAGGCCUCUGCCCUGAACGCGUGGAGAGGAGAGCUGAACAAUGAGAAAGCCGCCACUGAGGAGUUCAUCAAACGUGCUGAGGCAAAUGGUCUGGCUGCAAUGGGCAAGUAUGAGUCAAGUGGAACCGGUGGUGCUGCAUCAAAAUCUCUCUACGUGGCUAACCAUGCCUACUAAACACAAAACUACCACAUACUAAUGUGGCCUAGUUAUAGUCUUAUAUCUGCUCUGCUAUUCCUCCUCACUCCUCCAUCUGUCACACGCCUGCGCUGUCUACUGUAGUUCAGAGUUGUCCGCUAUUAAAAUUACAUUAUUAGAUAUAUGUGUAUUUAAAAUAUAAAUGGAACAGCAAUACUCAAGAGAACUGAGCAAUCAAAUCAAAAUGGUUUUGAGACAAUUUAUGACUGAAGAGGAUGACUGUCAUUUCAUCUCUGUCUGUCUUUAAUGGUUAUUGGACUCAGACAGGAGGUUAGAGGCUGCAGACACUUUACAGUAGAUCAAGGUAGUAUGUAUUAAAUUCAUGUCUCUUCCUAACUGCACCUGGUGCUUUCUCCCUUGCUCUCCCACAUGCUAAACCUUAAGCUGCUCCUGAGAAGGCCGGGUCAGCGCAUGCAUGUUGGUCUUUUGCUUCUGUCAGAAAAUAGUGUUGCUAGACUAACAUCCACCUUGACAGUGGGACCAACCGAUUAUUCAUGGCAUUAGAACAUCUGUUAAGGAACAAGAUGAGCAGUGUGAAAAUGUUGACUUUUCAGAUUGAUUUGAUCUUUUGAGAGACUGUCCAAAACUGUAGAAUGUACACUGUACUUUCAGACAGGCGUAGCUCCAGCAGAGGUCAGACACACUGUACCAAACCAGUACACACCAGGAGUCAUCCAAAACUUUCUGCCAUCACAUUUCCAAUCAUCAGUAAUCAAACAAGCAUCUUAUGUGUGUGUUCUAAGUAUAACAUUAACUUUAAAUUACAUAAAAUAAUUGUUAUUUAGUUAUAUAACGUUGGCAAUAUUAUGUAAUGCUUGCAUGUCAUCCCCCUCCUGAUUCCCCCAACCUGCCCCAUGGGAAGAGGAGUUGGUUUUGAUUGACAUACUCAUAAAGUGGUGGACCAAAGUGUGGGGUUAGCAACAGGGGAAACUCACUGCUGUGUUGGAGUACUGUAAUGUUUGUGAUGUUGAUAUUGUUCUUAAAGCACUUGGUGUGGCAAACGGAGAAAAAUAAACUAGGUUAAAAACUAGCAAA